AUGAAGAUCGAAGGAAGAACAUUCAUUGUAUCCGGCGGGCAAGUAGUUUCAUCCCUCUCAAACACGAACUCGUCUGCAUCUGGUCUCGGCCGAGCAUGUGUUGAAGACAUAUGUCGCCGAGGAGGCUACGCCGCAAUUUUCGACUUGAAUGAAGAGCUUGCUGGCGAAUUAGUGCGGGAAAUUGGUGGAGGAAAAGCAAAGUUCUUUGAAGCGAAUGUCAUUGAGUCGGAUAGUAUUGCUGGGGCUGUUAAGGGAGCUUUGGCCUGGGUCAAAGAGACCGGGAUGGAGGUUGGUGGGAUUAUUGCUGCCGCGGGGGUUGCUACACCGGCUAAGGAGUCUAAAAACGUGAUGAAUUUCUGGGGAGAUGGUGAGGCGUGA